AUGCCAUUGCCGACUCAUGCAGCAGUGACCCGCUUCGUAUCCUCACUUUUACCAUUCAAAGAGAACGAUGUUCCACUCCUUUAUCAUGUGCCACGAAGACGCCGAUAUGACGCCGAACUUGCCUCCGUCGAUCGCAUCGUUGUUUCGAUAACUCCCACGCCAGGAGUGUACCCUUUCAUAGGGCACACCGAAAACGACCGCCCGCCGCGUACUCUAUGCUUCCUUCAUCGGCCCUGGCAACUCGAUCGCCGUGCAGUACGCGGUAAUACGCUUGUACUCUCGAGUCACACAUCCUUUGAUGAAAACCUAACCGUGGGAUGGAACCCGUCGUUAGCAAUACGGCUGGGGAUGACGGAAGAGAGUUGGUUCUGUGUGAAGGGCUAUAAGGGUGACGCAGAAAGAAAGAUAGGCAUUGUAGGACCGGUCCAGAUUCCACGUGAUACGAUCCUUGAUCGCAUACAGAGAGAAUUUGGCCAUACGGAGCUGGUACAAGAGGGACAAUCGGACGAGAUACGUGUUGUUGCAAUUAUGAACGCAUUCAACGAGGAAGAAGUGCUUCGGGUGCUCGAAAUGGCACAAGAGCGCGCGUUGGUGCCAAAUGCGAGCUCCGAGACUCGAGGACGGCAUGUACUCUACCUUACAGGCCAGCCUCGUGAGAGCGGGAUGCUGGCUGCGACUGCACUAGGCCUGACAGUCGCCUGUGUUGGACAUCGCACGACUGAAGUGUGGGGGAUACGGUUCCUAGCCGCAGCCUUGAGGACAGCGUUUCCCACCGUGGCCGUGGAAGAGAUUUACGAGGAAGAAGAGCCCGUAAUCAAAAGACCUAAGCAAGAAAUAGUCGCACCUAUAUCGACGUCCGUAGAGGUUAUGCAAUGA